UGGGGCCUCUUGAACCAUCCUCAGAAGGAGUUGUACAAGGGGGUCAUGCUGGAGAAUGCCCAGAACCUGCUCUCCCUGGGGCUUCCAGUUCCCAGAGAAGACGUGAGUUCUUAUUUUGAGCAAAGGGAAGGCCCAUGGAUGCUGGAGCUAGAAGGCCUGAGGAACCAGUGUCCAGAAGGAGAGAUCAGACUUGAAGUAAAGGAAACUACAGCAGAGCUAACCUUUUCUGUGGAAGAAACUCACAAGCAAAGAUUCUUGAGGGAUGGUCCCUCUGAUGUCAAUUGGACAGAAAUCUGUGCAACACAUGAGAGAAUCCAUACUGGAGAGAAAUAUAAUGACUGUAAACAAUGUGGAAAGCCUUUUACAUGGAAGGACAAUCUUGUUCAACAUCAACAAAUUCACACUGGCAAGAAACAGUUUGAAUGUGGGGAAUGUGGAAAAGCUUUUGUACAGAUGAAUGGUCUUACUCAACAUCAGAGAAUACAUUCUGGAGAGAAACCUUACAAAUGUAAUCAGUGUGGAAAGUCUUUCAGGUCUAGCACCAAACUUGACGAACAUCAGAGAGUCCACAUUGAAGAGAAAACUUAUGACUGUAAUCAAUGUGGAAAGGCUUUUAGAGAGAAGAGAUGUCUUAAUGCACACCAGAAAAUACAUACUGGAGAGAAAUUUUAUGACUGUAAUCAAUGUGGAAAGGCUUUUAUACAGAGGGCUAGUCUUAUUGUACAUCAGAGAACACACACUGGAGAGAAACCUUAUGAAUGUAAUCAAUGUGGAAAAACUUUCACAUAUAAGGAUGGCCUUGUUAAACAUCAGAGGAUCCACACUGGAGAGAAACCUUAUGACUGUAAUCAAUGUGGAAAGGCUUUUAAAAAGAAGGCUCAGCUUAUUGUACAUCAGAGAACACACACGGGAGAGAAACCUUAUGAAUGUAAUCAGUGUGGAAAGACUUUUACUUGUAAGGAAGGCCUUGUUCAACAUCAGAGAACACACACUGCAGAGAAACCUUAUAAAUGUAAUCAAUGUGGAAAGGCUUUUAAAAGGAAGGCUCAUCUUAUUGUACAUCAGAGAACUCACACUGGAGAGAAACCUUAUGACUGUAAUCAAUGUGGAAAGGCUUUUACUUGGAAUGAAAGUCUUGUUAAACAUCAGAGGAUCCACACUGGAGAGAAACCUUUUAAAUGUAAUCAGUGUGGAAAGACCUUUACAUGGAAGUACAGUCUUGUUAAACAUCAGAGAAUCCACACUGGAGAUAAACCUUAUGACUGUAAUCAAAGUGGAAAGGCUUUCGGAUGUAGAAAGAGUAUUGGUGAACAUCAGAGGAUCUGCACUAGAGAGAGACCUUAUGACUGUAAUCAAUGUGGAAAGACUUUUACACAGAUGUACCAUCUUACCCAACAUCGGAGAAUACACACUAGAGAGAAACUUUGUGAAUGUAAUCAAUGUGGUAAGGCUUUUAAUAGUAUGGACAGUCUUACAGUACAUCAGAGACUCCACACUGGAGAGAAACCUUAUGAUGGUAAUCAUUGCGGAAAGGUUUUCAAAUCUAUUUCCAAUCCUUCUGAACAUCAGAGAAUCCACAUUAGAGAGAAACCUUAUGCCUGCAUUCAAUGUGGAAAGGCUUUUACAUGGAGGGCUGGUUUUAUUGUUCAUCAGAGGAUCCACACUGGAGAGAAACCUUAUAAAUGUAAUCAAUGUGGAAAGGCUUUUACAUAUAAGGAUGGCCUUGUUAAACAUCAGAGGAUCCACACUGGAGAGAAACCUUAUGAAUGCAAUCAAUGUGGAAAGGCUUUUACAUGGAGGGCUGGUUUUAUUGUUCAUCAGAGAAUCCACACUGGAGAGAAACCUUAUGAAUGUAACCAAUGUGGAAAAACUUUUACGUGUAAGGGAGGUGUUCUUAAACACCGGAGCAUCCACACUGGAAAGAAACCUUAUGACUGUAACCAAUGUGGAAAGUCUUUCAGAUCUAGCUCCAAACUUGCUAAACAUAAGAGAAUCCACACUGGAGAGAAACCUUAAGAAAGUAAUCAUUGUGGUAAAGCCUUCUGGCUAAAGUCAGUCCUGGCUUACCAUCAGAGAAUUCAUGGGAGAUAGAGGAAUCUUCUAGCUGACCUGAAUGAGGAAAGGCAUUGAAAUGGAGCACAGAGCCAUCUAUGGACUUCCUGUGGGAAGGCUUUCAGCCAGAGAUCAUCUCUUCUCCUCUCAUCAGAGGAUUUAUAAUGAAAAGAAACCUUAUGAAUGUGCUCAGUGGGACAUGCCUUUCUCUAGAACAUGGAGGUCACAGGUGAAGGUUAAAUUUUGUGUCUGACUAUGACAGAAAGAUGCCAUGAGGAAAAUAAUUCAUGCUGCCCCUCCUGGUUGCAAAACCAGAAAAGAAGGCCAUAGGCUGAUAAUCAGCAGAACUACGGGAGAGAAUCCAUCUGGAGGUUGUCAGAAAUAGAAUGUCUUCAGAAUAAAGGAAAGCCCUUGUGUCAGUA